AUGAACGACGUCUCAUUCGCUGGCAAUGCGUCUGGAGGUGGAUUCGCAAUGGACUUGGCCCUGGAGAGCGUUCGGGACUGGGGAGCUUCUCAUCUCACGCCCCCUGGAACUCGCAGGCCAAAAAACGGUGCAGCAGUCGUGAGAGGUGAGGUUGGAUCUGUCGACUCUUCUCCUCGAUCUCCUCUUUUGUACAACGCGACGCCAUUCUAUUUUUUGUCCCGUCUCCAGCUGGCUUGA